AUGGAUAUGAUGGUUCUAAACAUGAAGUUCGCUAAAUCUAUCGAGCACCAACUAAAUGCGGUACCGACUUCAAGCUCUAACACAGCCAUGGCUAACAUAUUUGAGAGGCAAUCAUUCGAGAACCAGAUAUAUCUAUUUACAAGUCAACAGACUUGGGUACAAAGGGUAUUAGCUAUCGCAUCUUCGAGUACCUCGAUUGUUUUUUGCCUAGUUUCAUUGUACGCCUUCCUAGCCAUAGACCCACGAAGAUUGGUAUUUCGACACCAGUUGAUUGCAUUUUUGCUAAGCUUUGAUUUGCUAAAAGCAAUCGUAUUACUAUUAUAUCCUUCGUUAGCGUUAUCAUACGAUAGUUCUUAUUAUAAUGAAACCUUUUGUCAAGUAGUGGGAUUCUUUACGGCCGUGGCAAUUGAGGGAGCAGACUUGGCCAUUUUAGCAUUUGCGAUACAUACUUUCCUUCUAAUAUUCAAACCGAACUUAUCCGUAAAGGUAGGAGAUCGUGGUUUUGUUGAAGGUGGUUUGUAUAAGUAUCGCUAUUAUGUGUAUGGAUUGUCAUUUGUGAUUCCGGUUGUGAUGGCAAGUCUAGCAUACAUCAAUAAAUCGGGAUAUGAUUCGCUCAUUUGUUGGUGUUACCUUCCUCGUUCACCCACAUGGUAUAGAUUUGUUUUAAGUUGGGUACCGCGUUACAUUAUUGUGAUUGUCAUAAUAACAGUUUAUUGUGUUAUAUAUUUCCACAUAAUCAGAGAAUUUAAAGUUGUUGGUGGUAUGUUUACCACUAUGCAUAAGCAGAAAUUGCAAAGAAGAUCAAACAAUUUUCAAAAUGAAAAACCGUCAUUCUUCUCCGCUUUAAGAUACUUCUACAAGGACAUGAAAGAUCGUAUUGUACCCCAGUUUGUAUUGCCCGAAGCAGCCAAGAAAUCAAUAAGCACAGAAACAACACCUUCAGAAUACAUAAACAGCAAUAUUGAAGAUAAAGAUAAUGAAAAUACAGACAAACCUAAUCAUGGGGUAGAUCUUGAGAAUAUUAUAGAUGAUCCUGAGAUUCAAGAACAAAAUUUAGAGCAAUUUAAACAAAGGCAAAAGCUUAUAGCUAAACAAAUGAAGUCUAUUUUCAUAUAUCCGUUUGCAUAUUGUUUUAUUUGGUUGUUUCCAUUUUGUCUAAGCAUAACACAAGUCCACUAUGAACAGACUCAUCAUCCAAUAUACUGGCUAAAUUGCGUGAGUGCGUUUAUGAUGCCAUUCAACGGAUUCGUCGAUACCUUGGUUUUCUUUUACAGAGAAGAACCUUGGAAGUAUACAAUAUUAAAAAAUUUUGAGAGAGACAAUGCUUUUAAAAUGAGUGAAAUGGCGCAUUACGAUAGUAUACAAGAUACUACAUCCCUCUCUACAAGUACAAGGUUUACGAAGCGGUCACUCAGCGCAAGCUUGGGACUUGAUAUUAACCAUUAUUCUAGAUGGAGGAAAGCUUUAAACUGGAUGAGAUUACCAUUUUUCCAAUUACCUACUGAAGAAACAAUUGCCGCAUUCCAUGCAAAACUUGUCAAUGCUCAAAUUGAAAAUUUAAACACAGAACAGUCAGUUGAAGGAAUUGGUAUCGGAGGUUUGACUUCACAAUUUCAUCAUGAUUUCUCCAAUAUUUUGAACGUGGAUGUGGCAGAAAAUGAUUUUAGAUCGGGCUUGGGUCGAUACUCAUUUUCUAACUCUCAUAAUAAUAUGAAGAGUUCUGAUAAUUCUAAUGCAUCUAUUACAAAUACAUUCAUAGGUAGAAGAACUCACAGCAAUGCAUCUUCUAUAAGAUCACCAAGAUCUGGCCGUGCCUCAUUUGGUGAUAUCGGCGAGGUAAGCAAUAAAUCAAGGGCCAGUUCGGUAUCGGAUUUAUCACAAAGGAACAACAUGAACCAGCAUCUUUCUCCCAAUCCUAAUUUCAAUAAGCUAGUGAGCUUCCAGCAACUGAAAUCGAAACGAGGUUCUAACAUGGCAUCACAUACACCUGGGAUUUCUCAUAGACUUCAGGACAAAAGGAAUAACAUAAGAACCCCAAAUAAUUCCAGAGCGAAGUCUGAUACCGAUGAAAUUGACUUCAUAGAGUUCUUAAAGAAUGGAACUUGA